UUCCUUUACCCUUCCCGUCCCCCUUGCCUCUCGCCAUCUCCAUUCUUAUCCCUUCUCCAUUCCCUCCCCCUCUCCAUCCCUGUUCCCAUCAUGGCUGCGCUGCCUCAGAACAACCUGGAGGAGCAGCUGCAGCUCCUCUCCGCCCGCCGCGCUCUCACCAAGCCGCCCCCGCCGCGGCUCCGGCCGCAGGGCUUCACCUUCAAGAAGGUCUCUGUGGCCAGCGCGCUGAGGGACAAGGACGUGAACACCUCCCUGGCCGCGCUCCCUGCAUCCCUCCCUGCCUCCAGGGGCAGGACAGCACCCAUCCAGAGCUUCUUCCCAGCAGCAGCACCCGCCAGCACCCGUGUCCAGGGCCCGGAGCCGGCACGUGCGAGCCUGGUGCUCACCAAGCCUCGGGAGGUGGUGAGAGGCCUCGCAGCCUCGGGGACGCAGAGCGAGGGGCUUCGGGAUGCGCCCACCCGGGUGUCUGGGCCCGUCAUCACCGUGGGUGAUGACUGGGACGACAUUGAUGACUUCGACUUGUCUGGGAUCGACAAAAAGUAUGGCAGGGCGCAGGUGCUACCCGCCAAAGGACAACGGGCCUCACACAAGGGCAAGCAGAACGUAGAGCCCCACCUGGAGCAGUCACUGUGCUCUCCUGGGACACCGGGUGAUGGGAUAGCACCUGGCAGCCACAGGGAUUCCUCUCCAGAGCCUGAGUCGCGACCCGUGUCGCAGCAAUCGCUGAUUUGUCUUGAUUCACCUUCCUGUGGUGACAGCAAGGCUGUGGGUGUGGACGUCUGGGAGAAUUUAUCUGCUGAGGUGAUUCUGGAUGAGGACAGGGAAGAGACUCACCCAGCUGCUAAUGAUAAAAGUGGUGAGAGCCAGAAGGCAAGCAGCGAUGGCAAAAGCAGUGCCCCAGAACGGGAUGAAGUCGGCGUUGAGGUGUUAGUGGCCCGAGAGCUUGAGGAGGACAAUUACUUGGACGUUGUUCCACCCUCUCCUGAAGAAGAGCUGCCUUCCUUCUCGCCUUCUGUAAAAAGCGUUAGUGUAAAUCUCAAGGAGUCUUCUACUGAUGGAAGACCUUUGUCUGGCAGCGUGGAGUCCAAGCCUGGGAAAGCUGCCUCCGCCCUGCCUGUUGCUGGGAGCAAGCCCAUUGCAGAGGAUGCAGAUCAAGGCUUGCCUUUGGAGCAGCAGCUCUACAGCGUCAUGGAUGACAUCUGCAAGCUGGUCGAUGCCAUUCCACUUCAUGAGCUUCAGUCUCUAUCAUGUGCGAAAGAGCUUCUCCAGCAGAGAGAGCUCAGGAGAAAAUUGCUGGCUACUUCUGUCGCUUGGAACGAGAGCAGCACAGGCAGCACUUUUCCUAGGAGCUGGAAGGCAUGUGCGGAACGGGGCCCUCCUGCGUGUCCCAGUAGCGUAUGGUGUUCUGGCUCGGACUGGAGCUUCAGUUCCAACAGGAACUUGCCAAAGUCCACAAACCUCCCAUCCGUGCUUUCUCUUAAUUCAAGUAGUUUCUCCACCAAGAGGAAUCAGAUGUUUGGUAUGUUGGAUGUCUCUUCCGCUUCAAAGAAGAGUGUGGAGAAGAUCACCUGCCCGGACGCUACAGCACUGUCUUUUGCCAAGGUAAACGGCAAAGAUAGAGCUUCCCUCAGCCUUGGUUCUGAGAUGUCCUUCAGCAGCAGCCGGUGCACAAGCCCACGGGUGGGAGGCAGUGGAGGCUGUCGUCUGCCGGAGAGGCCUCUGACAAGCACAGCUCUGAGAGGGCAGAGUGGAGCUCCAACUAACAUUCCUGUGGGAGACAGUUCUGGUGUAAAUGAUAUGGACUUUGACCUUGAUCACUUUGAUAUCGAUGACUUUGAUGAGGACUGGGAGAAUUCGGUCAAUGUUUCAGCACCUGAGGAGCCAUCUGCGCCACGGUGUCAGCCUGUCCGAGAAGGAUCAUCCACCAAAUCGCUAUUGUCAAAGAUCAUGUCCAGAGCCAAGGAGUCUGCUGCUGCAUCCAGUCCUGCUGCUCCAAAAUCAAGCUUCCUGAUGGCAACAAAGAGCCGUCUGGAACUGACGGUUAACAACCCUGCACUGGAACGUUUCAGGGGUACGAAAUUUUCCCAUUCUCAAGAAAUGAUGAAUAUAUUCCACAAAAAGUUUGGUUUGCACUAUUUUCGGACAAAUCAGCUGGAGGCCAUCAAUGCUGCCCUGCUCGGGGAAGAUUGCUUUGUCCUGAUGCCCACUGGAGGUGGUAAAAGCUUAUGCUACCAGUUACCAGCGUGUGUCUCUGCUGGAGUCACUAUUGUGAUCUCGCCGUUGCGGUCACUGAUAAUAGAUCAAGUUCAGAAGCUGAAGUCUCUAGACAUUGCUGCGACCUAUCUGACUGGUGAUAGAACGGAUGCUGAUGCUUCAAAAAUAUACAUGCAGUUGUCAAAAAAAGACCCUGUGAUAAAGCUUCUGUAUGUUACUCCUGAGAAGGUUUGUGCGAGUGGCCGCCUGAUGUCCGCCCUGGAAAAUCUCUACGACAGGAAGCUCCUAGCACGCUUUGUCAUUGACGAGGCCCACUGCGUCAGCCAGUGGGGUCAUGACUUUCGCCAAGACUACAAACGGUUGAAUAUGCUACGCAAGAAGUUUCGCUCGGUCCCUAUGAUGGCUCUCACCGCCACUGCGAACCCCAGGGUGCAGAAGGACAUUCAGAAUCAGCUCGAGAUGCUAAAACCACAAGUGUUUACGAUGAGCUUCAACAGGCAUAACUUGAAAUAUGAUGUAUUGCCCAAGAAGCCAAAGAAGGUGGCGAUGGAUUGCUUGGAGUGGAUUAAAAAAUACCAUCCACAUGACUCUGGGAUAAUUUAUUGCCUUUCACGUCAUGAAUGUGACACAACGGCAGCUAUUUUGCAGAAGGAAGGCCUUGCUGCCCUUGCCUACCAUGCUGGCCUCACUGACAGCAACAGGGAUCUUGUACAGAAGAAGUGGAUUAAUCAGGAAGGAUGCCAGGUUAUAUGUGCAACAAUUGCCUUUGGAAUGGGAAUUGAUAAACCUGACGUACGCUACGUUAUCCAUGCUUCUCUUCCCAAAUCUGUAGAAGGUUACUAUCAAGAAUCUGGCAGAGCAGGACGAGACGGUGAAAUGUCUCACUGCCUGCUCUUCUACAGCUACAGUGACGUAACCAGACUCAGAAGGCUGAUACUGAUGGAGAAAGAUGGAAACAGCCACACCAGACAGACCCACUUCAACAACCUGUACAGCAUGGUUCACUACUGUGAGAACGUGGUGGAUUGCCGGAGAAUCCAGCUUUUGGCCUACUUCGGGGAAAUGGAUUUUAAUCCAAAUUUCUGUAAAGAUAACCCAGAAGUCAUAUGUGAUAACUGCAGUAGAAAGAAGGAUUACAAAUCAAGAAAUGUAACAGAUGAAGUGAAGAGCAUCGUAAGAUUUGUACGGGAGCACUGCGGACAAACGGGACGGAUGAACACAAACAGAAAUACAGGCUCUGGCAGAUACACGCUGAAUAUGAUGGUAGAUAUUUUCUUAGGUUCAAAGAGUGCAAAGAUCCAGUCUGGAAUAUUUGGGAAAGGAGCUGCCUACUCGAGGCACAAUGUUGAAAGGCUGUUUAGAAAGCUGGUGUUGGACAAGAUUCUGGAUGAAGACCUGUAUAUUACCACCAACGACCAGGCGGUAGCAUAUGUGGUUCUAGGAGAGAAAGCUCAGGCUGUGCUGGAUGGAGCACUCCAGGUGGAGUUUCAUGAGACAGAAAGCGCCAGCGCCAUCAGAAGGCAGAGGGCUUCCGUGGCGAAAAUGUCACAGCGGGAAGAGAUGGUUAAGAAGUGCCUUGGGGAGCUUACAGACACGUGCAAAACGCUUGGGAAAGUCUUCGAUGUGCACUACUUCAAUAUCUUCAGUACUUCGACUCUAAAGAAAAUAGCAGAAACCUUGUCAUCGGAUGUGGAGGUUUUACUGCAGAUCGAUGGUGUCACAGAGGACAAACUGGAAAAAUACGGUGCAGAAAUAAUCAAAGUGAUGGAGAAGUACUCAGAAUGGACCCUACUAGAGGAUGCCGCCUGCCCAAGUGCAGACACAGCCAUGGGAAGCACCGACACACCCGAGAGUGACGGAGAAGCAGAAGAUGCGGUCACAACCUCAAGUUAUUUCUGCAAUAAUGCAAACCAAAGAAGGAAAAGGAAAAGGCCGCCAAACUUCAGAGACUGCAAGAGGAAGAAGAACAAUAAUGGUGGCAGCCAGCAGUUUCAUCCCAAAGGAGGUUUCAGCAAGUUCAAGAGGACCAAAAAGAAGUGUGGCUCCAAGGCUCCAGCUGCCUCUGGGUGCAGUUCAGCCUCGCACAACAUCAGUGCCACAUACGGAGUCGCUGGAAAGCUGGGGAUUAUGGCACCGCCGAAACCCAAAACCAGGCAGUUCCUUCAGCCUUCCUACUCGGUCUUGUAAUGGGGAAACUGUACAUACUGUAUAAAAGCACGCCUGGAGAUGCAAUCAUUGUUUAUUGAUUUUGUGGUUAGUUUUGUUGUGGUUUUUUUUUUUU